UUUGCAGUUGCAUCGCUUGGCGUCGUUAGUGUCGCGCGAAAGUGCGUUCUCUUCCAUUUCGAUUUCCCCUCCGAUAGCUAACCAACUAUGAGUCGUGUCAGAACGAAAACGGUCAAAAAGGCCGCGAAGCUGAUUAUCGAGAAAUACUAUCCUCGCCUUACUUUGGAUUUCCACACGAACAAGAGGAUAUGUGAGGAAAUCGCUAUUAUUCCUAGCAAAUCUUUGCGCAACAAGAUUGCCGGGUUUGUCACUCACUUGAUGAAGAGGCUUAGACACAGUCAGGUACGUGGUAUCUCCAUCAAGUUGCAGGAGGAAGAGAGGGAACGCAGAGACAACUAUGUUCCUGAGGUCUCUGCUUUGGAGCACGACAUCAUUGAGGUCGAUCCUGAGACCAAGGAGAUGUUGAAGAUGCUUGAGUUCAACAACAUCACUGGACUUCAACUCACACAACCUGUUCCACAAUUCAGCAGGCGUUCUUAAAAUUCUUACACUAUAAACAACAAAAUGGUUGGUAUUGCACUUUUCAAAUAAAGUUGCAAACUGACACCAAC